AUUCAGUUUUCAAAAAGCGUCAAAGGCGACACAUUAGCGAACAGAAUGCCAUACUACGAGGAGGAACGUCAUCAUCACCACCACCACCACCAUGGCAGACCCAUUGUGGAGGUGGAUAUUGUGCCCCCAAGGAUACCACGACCAGUGAUCGAGAUCGAUGUGGGUAGCCGCUAUCCUCCCCCACCUCCCCAGAUUGUAGAGGUCAUCCAGCCGGCCCAGGUGUACCAGCCACCCCCGCCACCCAUCGUUGAGGUGGAUGUGAUGCGUCCCGGUCGCCCCUUUAUCGAGUUCGAGAUUGGAGGUCGCCGUCCGCCCCCAACUGAGGAGGUCAUCAUUGUCCAGCAGCCUCCUCCACCAAGGUGGUAGACAUAGC